AUGCCUAGUCUUAAGGAUCUAGUCAUUGAAAACAACCCUUGCACUCUUAAAUAUGCUUAUAAAUACGAUAUUUUGUGGACAGUAUUCAUAGAAAAAUUGGACAAUUAAAUUAUUACUCAAUAAGAUUACAAUUUGGCCUAGACUUUCAAGGACAGAAAAUAGGAAUCCCAAAUGUCUUAAAGUAUGAAUUUUUCCAAAGGGAUUAGACCAUAAACAGCUUCGAUGAAUCCUAAUAACACAUUAUAGUAAGAUUCAUAAAAUGAUUAUUCAGAAUCUAAUAUCAUUUUGGAGCAGUAAAAUUAAGAGUUGGAAGAAGAAAUAGAAGAAUUAUAUGAGAUAAAUUCUAAUAAUAGAGAGAAAAUAGAUGGACUGGAGAAGCAGAAUGUUGAAUACAGAAAUAUUGCUGAUCAAGUUCCAUUUUUAGAGGAAUAAUUACAAGAUAUGAGGUCAAAGAUCAGUGCUUAUGAGAGUUUGAUAAUAUUCAAAGAUUCCCCUGGUGAGGAAUUAAGAAAACACAUAAAUGCUCUAACUUAAGAGUUACAGAGAUUAAAGUGUAAUGAUAGUAAUUUUGAGAAUUACGAAGCAGUAGACAAUCAAAUAAAUUAAUCAAAAUUCUAGAAUACUUAAACCACUUUUAUAUAAUAAUUACCUUAAGCAGAAAGUGACAAUGAAAAUAAAGAGGAUGAUGAUAAAUAUUUCCGAGAUGAUGAAAAUUUUUCAUAGUUCCCAGGAUAAGAGUUAAUGGAAUUGAUAAUGAGGAACUCAAGGACUUUGAGCAAACUCAAAAAUGAAUUCAAAGAAAUCAAUUGA